AUGUCAGGUGCAGCACGCCCUAUCCAUGUCCAGCCGUUUCUAGCAAUUCCGUCUACCUCGUCCGGUAUCUUGCGCCUGCCCCUCACGUUGAUUACCGACAUCGAAUAUCAAGAACGCCUAGCGAAGCGCUCAGCGGGCACAUUACCCAUCCUCGUGGGCCCCUCUACCUGCCUGCCAUGUUCCCCUCGCCUUGCCGUCAGACCCAAAAUUGCCUCUUCUGGAAAUCUGGGAGAUGAAUGGCGAUCACGGGUGGCGCUGUGA